AUGGCGGCGCGAACUCCUUCUCUCGACGAGAAGAAAGACUCGGAGAUCUUUGAAGAGCACUCUCCUCAAAAGCCCGAGUUGGUCUUGCUCUCUGACGAGGAACGCGACCGUGCUAUUGCCGCUAAUCCUAUUAAUCCGCGGUCAUGGAGGAGUAUCCAGCUCUACUUGAUCUGUAUCGUAGCUUACUGCAACUCUGGCUCUACUGGUCUCGAUGGAACAUUGUUUGGAGGUAUCAAUGCGAUGGAUCACUUCCAUACUUUUAUCGGCGCUGGCAAAGUAGGAUCUGAAAUCGGAAUCGUCAUCACCAUGUACCCUAUCGGUCAGAUCAUUGGUUGCCUCUUUGCUGCACCGGUCAUGGAUAGGUUUGGACGCAAGGGAGGUAUGCUCUGCGGUUCGCUCAUCGUGCUUAUUGGGACCCUGCUUCUUACUGCUGCGCAAAACAAGCCCAUGUUCAUGGUUGGACGAUUACUCUCUGGAACAGGUGUAGCUGUGGCUGCCAAUGCCGCUCCUUCAUAUGUUACAGAAAUGUCGCCGCCUCAAUGGCGUGGUCGGAUGGGCGGGAUGUACAAUAGUUGGUAUUACGUCGGAGCCAUUUUGAUUACUGGUAUUAUGGUUGCUUCUGGACGAAUCAACUCGGAGUGGCAAUGGCGUCUACCAGUCUUGUUCCAAGCCCUUCCCUCCGGUAUUGUGUUUAUGUUUGCUUGGUUUAUUCCCGAGUCUCCUCGUUGGCUUGUCCGUGUUGGCCGAGAUGAACAAGCACGCGCUAUUCUGGUCAAAUAUCACGGGAACGGCGACGAAAACUCGCCACUGGUGGAAUUUGAGAUGAAGGAAAUUAAAACCAUGUGCGAACUCGAUGGAAGUGACCAAGUUUGGUGGGACUUGCGACCUUUGUUCCGUACCGCUGCGGACAGGUACCGGUCGUACAUGUGUCUUGGUAUGGCUACUUUUGGUCAACUCUCAGGCAACGGUUUGAUUACCUACUUUUUCGUUGUGCUCCUCCAAAACGCCGGUAUCACAUCUGCCAACUCUCAGCUCGUCCUCAACUUUGUCAUGUCUGUCGUCUCAUUCGGUGGCGCAUGCACUGGUGUCUCGCUUCUCGACAAGGUUGGCCGCCGACCUCUGAUGAUGUUCUCCACCACCGUUGGCGCAAUCUGCUUGGCAGUCGUCAGCGCAUGUACUGCCAAGUACGAGGAAAGCAAGGCGAUUGCUCAGACUGGGGUCGCCUUUAUUUUCCUAUUCAAUGUACUCUUUUCUCUUGGUUUCACCCCUCUCCAACCUCUCUACCCCGCCGAAUGCUUGACGUUCCAAACUAGGGCAAAAGGAAUGGCUAUGACAACAUUGGUUCUUAACCUUGCUUCACUCUUUAACACAUAUGCCAUUCCCGUUGCUUUGGAGAAGAUAGGUUGGAGGACCUACCUCGUAUUUGUCGCUUGGGAUAUAUUUGAGACCAUCUGCAUUUACUUCUUUGCUGUUGAGACCAAGCAAAAGACACUCGAGGAAAUGGCCGAAAUCUUCGAAGCGCCGAACCCCGUCAAGGCUUCACUCAAGCGUACGACCAAGGAAGAUCGCGUUUAA